AUGGCGUUUUUCAGUCAAAUGGUAAAUCAAAUGGUAAAUCAAAUGGUAAAUCCGGAUGAUCUCCUGGACAUCAGUUUAAUACACAACGUAGAUUCUAGGCUUAGUGCGUCCGGUAUUAGUAACGAAAUGCAAUUUAGUCCUUCUGUUUACUCCUUUGAGCCUAUUCAAAGCAGGAGCAAAGAGCAAGAUCCAAACACUUGUGAUGAUUCAGGAGCACAACAAAAAGAGAAAACACUCAAAACUGUAGAGACUUUGGAAAUCAACAAUGGAAAUGCCAGCAACUUAGAUAGCCAAGGCAAAGAGCAAGAUCCAAACACUUGUGAUGAUUCAGGAGCACAACAAAAAGAGAAAACACUCAAAACUCUAGGGACUUUGGAAAUCAGCAAUGGAAAUGCCAGCAACUUAGACAGCCAAGAGAAAAGGGAGUCAAUGCCGUCAUCUCCCGUAGAAUGUAAUAGCAGCGAGUCUUCUAGUAUAUAUUCUGAUUCUGAUGGUGAGAAUUCUGGAUCAUUCAAAAAAGAAUCAAAGUUGCCCUCAUAUGGGUCCAUGCAAGGAGCAGGUGCCAGUGUAGAGCUACCUGAAUGCAACAUGACAAACACAGAGAAACAGAAGGUUUCCUCUCAUGAAACUCUAGAGUCAGUAGCAGAUGAAAAGGCAACAAAUGUUGAAGGAGCCAGAGAUGAUUUGGUAGAAUCAAACGCUUCAGAACCUGAGCUUGCCAGUGUAGAAACAACAGCCUGUCCUGAAAUGUCUCAAAAAGAUCCCAGUGGUGACGAUGUUGCAGGAUAUAAUAACCUGGAGAACUUGAGCUCCAAAAGAGACAACACUGGUGUACCUGCAUCAAUGUCACCUGAAAAAGAAUCAAAGUUGCCUUCGCAUGAGUCUGAGCAAGGAGCAAGUGCUAGCAAAGAGCUUCCUGAAGGCCCAGUGAAAAGCACAGAGAAACAGUAUGCUCCACUUGAUGAAACUCCAGAGUCAGUGACAGUUGAAAAGACAAAAAAUGCUGAAGGAGCCCAAGAUGAUUUGAAGGAUUCCAGCACAACAGAACCAGAGCUUGCCAGUGUAGAAACCACAACCUGUCUUGAAGCUUCUCAAAAGGGUCCCAGUGGUGAUGAAGUGGCAGAAGAUAAUGACCGGGAGAAUUUGAGCACUGCAAAAGAUGAUACUGGUAGCCCUACAUCAAUUCCUCCUAGUAAGGAAGAUACCAAGGGAAAUGUUGAAAAGUCCAAUGUGCAUGAUGUGGAUACUACAACUAAAGAAGAUACUGGUGUUAUCACUGGUGAUAAGGAAGAUAACAAUGGAAAUGUUGAAAAGUCCAAAGUGCACGAUAUGGAAACUACGACCAAUGGAGUAGCAGAAAAAUCAGAAGUCACCAAUGGAGAGAAGAGUACAAGCACAUCAGAAACAGACCCACAUGGUACAAUAUCUGCCAUGAAAAAUCCAGAUGAAAAAAGAAUACUUCCUCCUGAAAAGGAAAACUCCAAUGGAUCAUCUCCUAUUGGAAGUGUUCAUAUCACUGAGAAAAAGGUAGAAUUGAAUAGUUGUGAUGGAGAUAAAAGCCCCGAAGCAUUCAUCCAAUCUCAAGUUGGAGAAACAACCACAGAAGGAACAUCUUCCACAAGCAACUCUAGAGACAAUGGAAUGGUUCCAACUGAAACUGGAAACUUAAAGACAGAACUAACAGUUAGUGAAGAUUCUGCUGAGUCCUGUCCUGUAGACAGUACAGGUGAAUCUGUGUCUUGUGAUGACAAAGGCAUUGUUCCAGAGGAAGAGGAAAGUACCAGAAGAGGGUCUUAUGAGUGCAACCUUGCAUCAGGUUUUCUCUCUACAGAUCCUGGGGAAUCUGAGUCCACCGGAGAGGAUUUCAUCAAAAGGACAUUGGGGCAAUUAUUUCGAGCAGUGGCUUCAGGGGAGGGUAGAGCCAUUCUACUUGGCACCUCAACAGAAAGUGAAGAAGAAGAAGAAGACGAAGAAGAAGGAAGUCAGUGGCCAUACAGAAAGGCAGGCUAUUCUGUAGUGAUCAAUAAAGGCAAACUCUGUGCAAGUAGCUCUGAAGAGAGAGCUGAGGUCAUAAUGAAGAGUGGAACAGAGUUUUUCAUAUUAAUUGGAAAUGAUAAUGAUCGUGCUGCUGAGGUGGACAUCACAUUCGGUGGAGUAUACCUUGGUGUUUGGUUGGUGGAGGCAAAGCGGUCAAUAAACAGACCUCUGUUUGUUCAAGGCUCUUCUUGGACAGCAGGCCGUUUAAGAUUCUUCAGUAAUUCUGAUAAGAGGAAACCACAGCCUCGUGCUGAUAUCUAUGGUGAGAAAGCAAUGCUAAAUGGUUUGAUUGAGCUGACAUUCAAGCCAGAAGCUGAUACCGUGAAAUUGUUUGUGCACCAUGUGCGAGAACAAGGAAGUUAUCGUCUUAUUCCUGUAACAGUGACUGAUCCCAUGACAGCAACUGUUGCUGACUUAAAACAAGACAUCAAAGGAAGAUGGAGAUCCAAUAUCUCCUGCCUCUUGAAAGGAAGCCAGGUUUUACAAGAAGAAGAAAUGAUCAGCUCCUAUGACUUGGGUGAAAAUGAAGUGAUUGAGGUUGUCAAUGCCACAGAGGAACUGACUAUUGAAGCAUUUGGUGAAGACCCCAUCACUCUGACGGUGGAUCCCAAUGAUAUUUCUGUGGAAGCUGUUAAAGAGUUCAUUACAGAACAAUUCAAAAUACCAGCAGACCAACAGCUUCUUAAUUUCAAAGAACCGGAUGAUGUUGUGGACUCCAAGUCAUUCACCCAUAUGCUCUUGACAUCAAGGAAGACACCAGUACUGGUUGUCAGAAGAGAAGAACCUGUAGAUGCAAAUGCAAGUCAAAAUAGGAGCAUUAAUAUUGGAGCCGAAGAUGCCAGAGGAUUGGACACCAGUGCAACAUCUUGUGCAGAUCAAGGAAGCCAAGCUGAAGACAGCUGUAAAGCAAAUGAGGGACCUAAUGACUCAGGAGACAAUGACCAGGAUGGUGUUGCUAUGCUUUAUGGAGAUAAAGAAAGUGUAUACAACCAAUUUCAAGAAGAUACAAUGGACCGAAAAUUUUCAAAGAAGAGGGCUGUCACACUUUAUAUUCAGCUUAAGGCUAAGAGUAAGAAUGCUGCAACUGCUGAAGCCUCAGGGAAGCCCAAGCCCAAGCCCAGGCCCAAGCCCUUUGAGCAAUCAGGGGCCAGGCCAUCAAGACCUAAAGGAUGCACGUCUUCUCUUUACCCACCUGAAACACCCGACUGAAAUUAUACUAUGCUGCUGUACUUUCAUGUAACCCUUCCCUUCUGGAAUUAAUUGGCAUUUAGCUCCCCAUCAUAUCAAUGCAUAAUUCAGCAAACAAACAAGUAGUGAGAAUAAUUAUAUUUAAGCAGUAGAACACAUUUUUCUGCACUCUAUAACAUAAUAAAGCCAUGCACGAUA